AUGUCCCCUUUGCAGCAUAUCGCUUUCAACAUCAUCCGCCUUGCGUGGAGUGAUAAAGUUAAGAGCCCAGACAGCAACAACGAUCACGCGGUUCUCUUCUGUUUCAACGAGCUCGCGAUCCAGCUCAGUCUUAUCCUUGCCUCGGUUCCCAUCAUGCAACCGAUCCUGCGCAAUGCAAAUCUGAUUCAGCUUGGGACUAUUGGUUCGCCCCGUGUUCGCAAGUACAACAACACCCUGCAGACAGAAAGUGCAUUCGAUUUGGAUGAGAAGGAUGAAGGGAAGAGCGCAAGCCACGAUUCCACCUGCUUCAAGGGUGUGCCAGCGUCAGGCAGGGAUCGCCGGCAUUGCCCGAACAAGUAA